AUGGCGGCGUCUUCUCUACAAAUUUGUGCAUUGCUGCUGGCUUUAGCAGGAUUCACCAUUAUACUUGUUACUACCAUGUCUAACAGAUGGAAAAUUUCGGACACUGCAACAAUGCUAGUUACUGCAGACUGGAUUUCUGAAGGUCUUUGGAUGGACUGUGCAGUGACUGCUUUUGGAUCAAUACAGUGCAAGAAAUUUCUCUACAUGUUGAGUUCAGACAUUCAUAUUCAGGCAUGCCGUGCCUUGAUGAUUGCUUCCAUCCUUUUGGGAUUCAUAGCUACAGUACUCUCAUUGCUUGGUUUGAAGUGCACAAACGUUGGGUUGAGCGAUGAAGAUGGAAAAAUGAAGUUUGCUGUCACAGGAGGAUUUCUCUUUAUUUUAGGAGGUCUCUGCUCCAUGGUGGCCGUUUCUUGGUAUGCUGCGAUGGUUACUGCUCAAUUUUUUGACCCAUUGUACGCUGGAACCAAGUAUGAACUAGGAGAUGCUCUGUACUUAGGCUGGGCUGGAUCUGUUCUUUAUACGCUUGGUGGGAUCUUACUGACCUGUUCAUGCAAAGGGAAGAAAAAACAGGAUUACAGUUGCAACAAAUACGCGUAUUCAGCAGGCCAGGCAGCUCAGCAGCAGCGCAUUUACACCAAAAACCCUGAGACAGUCAUAAGCAACAAGGAGUACGUCUAAACUUAUCUUUUACAUCACUUGUAACGUUAGUAGGUUAUGAACUCAAAUAAAAAAGUGAACUACUUCCAGGUUUCCGGUUCCAAGUUGCAAUCUUUCAUCUUAAUUUGGAGCAGUACAAGGAGGAGGUAUGGUUUUCAAUGUAAAUAGGAAUGGUUUUCUGGGAAUGGUUUUCAGAUGUAGAUAAGUUUCUACAGAUAAUGCUGUGAUGUGAAAUCCUGCGUCAUGAAGGUUUUCUUCAUGCUGAGAAGCCUGGUAAAAUUUAACCAGAGAGUGCAGUGUAUCCUGACAAUCAAGAGCAACUGUUUCUAUGUCAGCUGACCCAAAAAUGCGGAACUGAUAUGCUGUAGCUGACUGCAAGUUAAUACGCCUCACAGUUAGAAAUGUAUUGUGUUUUCAUUAAUGUUUAGCUUUCUACUUUUGUUUAGCAGCUUUAGCUUUUGACAGGAAAUAAACUUUAUUCCACAGAUUGGCUGAAACAAAUUUUUUGAUGAGUGGUAUCCUGGCCAUUAAUAAGGAUAUAGUCUAUAUACUGUGGGCUUGAAGUCUCAUGUUAUACUGAAAUUCAUAUUAUGUAUGAUGAUAGUCAAGAUUUAUAAAAGCUACAAAAAAUUCCCGAACAACCACUCACCUCCAAAUCUGCAGAUGUGCAACAAAUUUCUUGUUGGUUGUAAUGCACAUACCAAAGAUAAACGAUACGGAAUGAACCAAACACAGCUGGGAGCGGAGAAAGCAUCUGGUGCAAAAAUGCCUUGUGAUAACUAAGAAGAUGAUAGCCCCAAUUUUUUAUUUUUAUUUCUAUGCUUUCAGCUUUUAAAAUAAUCCAAUUUUAACUUGAGCAAUCUUUAACUUUGGGAAAUUCUACUGCAUGUGAAUUGUCUAAUUAAUGUAAUUCCCCAGUGGCUUUAUUCUCCGUCAUUGUUCCAUCAUUAGAAUUUCUGCCUUAAACUACGCCACUGCUGGGAGCAUAUGUUUGCCUUGUGUAAGCACUUAGACCGAUGACGAUGAGCUAACUUUACUUCGUAUUGAUGCUUUGAGCAACGUGGAAGGGAAUUUCACACUGCAGGUUCACAGGUUUCAUAACUUGUCCCUUUUAAAUUACAAAUGUAUUAAUGCAGUUUGACAAAAUACCUUCAUGUUUCUCUUUACUUUUAACGUCUUAUGAUAAACAUAAUUGUAGUGUCAUUUAGAAGCUUUGUGCAGCUUCCUUGAUAUCCCAGUGGAUAAUUUCACAGGGCAACCUGCAAGCAGUCUUAGAAACAAUUUAGCCAUGUUGCUUGCAUACAGAUACAGCUGACUUGUAAACUGACACAUUAAGGCAUGAAUUGGGCACUGAUAGAUCUUGCUAGGCUUAGUAAGGAGAGCUAAAAGGAGUGAGGAUUACUUUUAGAUUGCCCAUGUCAUCUUUUCCCCUCCACUAUCAACUACUCUUUUAAAAAUCAUCCCUUUGAUAUUUUGGAGAAUAAUUUCAAAAGCUGAAAAGGUACUUAACUUUCAUCGUGGGAGCUGAAGCCCUUACCAUUGUUGGUAUAUUCUGUCCUCUGGAUUUUUAGGUAAUUUUGUGACGGUGUUUUGUUCUGGGUGAACAUAAGGAAAAAUGCAGAGCUCAGGCAGCGACUAAGCAGUUCCAGUGUCAGUUUCCUACCAAAGGUUGUGUGAGCUCAUGAACAUGAAUUAUGAUCCAGUAGGGGAGCGA